UCCAACGAGACAACCACCAUGAACGCUCUCUCUGCCCUGGUUCUUCUUGCCGUCGCCUACGGCGCUCAUGCCGGUGGCGUUGCCCUCGGCGGUUACGGCCUUGGCCUCGGCCACGGCUACGGUGGCUUCGGCUACGGAGGUCUCGGCCACGGAGGAUACGGAGGUCACGGAGGCUACGCUGUCGCUGCUCCAGUCGCCGUCGCUGCCCCAGUCGCCAAGGUCGCCGUCUCCGCCCCCGCUCGCUCCUUCACCUAUCGUAGCGACAGCUUCGGCCCCGCACACGCCGUCAGCAGGCCAGUCGCUGUCGCUGCCGCCCCAGUCGUGGCCGCCGGCCACGGAGGCUACGGCGGAUAUGGCGGAUACGGCCUCGGAGGCUUCGGAGGCUACGGACACGGAGGCUACGGAGGCUAUGGACACGGCGCCGCUGUUGUCGCUGCUCCCGCUGUCGCCAAGGUCGGCGUCGCCGCUGCCCCAGUCGCCGUCGCUGCCGCCCCAGUCGUUGCCGUCGGCCACGGUGGUUACGGUGGUUACGGACACGGCGGCUACGGUCUCGGUCUUGGUUACGGCCACGGAUACGGAAAGUACUAAACUAGACAACAGCCACGUGCAAGCUGGGACCUUCUGGAACUUGCAGGCAAAAGUUCCCCGAAGCGACCUCGAGCUCUCGGUAUGGGAUGACGGAGCUCGGAGUGUGAACACAACCACGGACGUCAUCGUUCCAGCGCUCCACCGCAUCCCCCUUCCCCAAA